GGUUGCCGAUUUGUAUUGUUGUGUAUGAUAUCUUGUUUUUUGCGAAUAACUUCAUCACAAAGCUGUUUAAAUUAGUAAUUUCCUCACAAAUGUAUUAUUAACUAUAGAUGGAGUGUAAGAAAAAGGAUAAUUACUAUUGAUUUCGUAGCGGUACUUGGUAAAGAGACAACAUGGAGCAACUUAAUUCAGUACCAGAUGCUCUUGAAAACAAUGUAGAACAUAAAGAACCGCUGGACAUAAAAUCCGAACCAGAUGUAAAUUUAACUCACCAAGAAAAUGUUAUGGUUAGGAUCAAAAUUGAGGAGCAGGCUCUCCUUGAACAAACAAAUGAAUCUAAUAUGUAUUCCGAUCCAUCCUUUGAUAUGGGACACCUACAGGUUAAGGAAGAAGUUUCGAUGGAACAUGUCCCUAAUAACUAUGAGAAUGCAAAAACAAAUGAAGAGAGUCACAUUGCAAAUGGAAUAUCUGAUAGUGCAAAUAAAGAUAUUACAAAUGCAGAAAAUACAGAGCUUGAAUCAAAUGCAGAUGUUAAAAACGAAAUGAUAAUGAGCGAGGACUCCCUAGUUUCGUACGAUUACCCAAGUUUUGAUGACUCGGUGAGCAUGGACAGCAAUGACAUUGCUGCUUUGGGUAACGUAGAAACAUGUCUGCAGGAAGAAAUACAUAUUAAGCCUGAAUGUCUUGAUGGUGCUGAGGACACACACAGAGAAGAAUAUCACAACAUAAAACAAGAAACUGAUGCUGUGACAGAAACACAUUUAAUAUCAAAUAAACUUAUCAACACCACGUCAACAGUCACCAAUCCACAAGAUGGAAUGAUUGAAUCUCACACCACUAAGACCUUAGUCAUGGAAAUAUUGCCUGUACCUCAUGGAGAGGUAAACAUUUCCAAAAUAGGGAAUCCAGAAGAAAUCCUACCCACAGUAUACAACGAUAUGGACUGUGAAGACAUGUUCCAAUUAAAUUCUAUUACGGGAAAUGUGUUAUCAUUGGAACAAGAAGCAUACGGUUUGUUGAAAGCCAAGAAAUCUCAGAAUCACAAGGGCGUUAUGCAUCCAUGUCUAAAAUGUACGAAGGAAUAUAAAACUGCUGCUUUGUUAAAAAGACACAUGUCCAUUCAUAGUACAAUCGAAAAAAGAGCUAUGGGCUUCAUCAAAGGACAGCUAACUAAGAAAGCAAAUCGUAAAAAACAUUUCCAGGAAAUAGAAAUGGAAAGUGAAAUGAUUACCUUGGAGACGAUAAAAGCUGAACAAUGUGAUUUAGAUGUAAAGCCAGAAAUCAAGAAGGAAGAUUAUGAAUGUACCUGUGGCAAACUGUUUCAAAGAAGAAGCAGAAUGGAGACAUGUCUACGUUCUCACAAUGAGUAUGCCGAUGCUAACCCAAGCCACCAAUGUUCUACUUGCUUGAAAUACUUUAGUGACAAGAACGAUUUAGCUACUCACCGAAAAAGAGCGCAUACUAAGAAAUUUCACUGUAAAUUUUGUCCUACAGACUACAACACAAGGAAAGAGCUAUUUAAACAUUUGCAGGCACAUCAAAAGGUUCAGUUGAUGGAGUAUAAAGUGAUAUCUGAAGUUGUGUUGGGUAAACAAAAGUUGCGAUGUUUUAUGUGUGGGAAAAGCUAUGUUGACCUAUCAGAAUUGAAAUGUCAUGUUAUGGAGGAUCACACCAGUCCGUACAGCUGUAUGCAUUGCAAGAAUACAUUUGCAAAGAUUAUCGAAUUUGGUGAUCACAUGAAGACUUACCAUCCGGAUGUAGAAGGGCAGUCAGUUUUGGACGUCCUCGAGGCAUUUUCUUUGUUAGUGAAAGCUUGGAAGUGCGAGGAAUGUGGCUUACAAUUUCACGAAGCAGACAAGCUCGCCUUGCAUCAGAUAGAGAAACACAGUCCUGAUAUUAAAGCUGAUCCACAGUUUCAGUGUGAGGAUUGUAGAAGAGUUUUUAUUAGUCAAAAAGGUCUUACGUCUCAUAGACGGGUGCAUCACAGUGAGGCGGUUGAAGAAACCGAGCCGACCAUAAAAGGCACAAUGUGUUUGGAAUGCAGAAAGAUCUGUAAAGACAUGGAUGCUUUGACAUCACAUAUGAGGCUACAUUCCCCGGAUAGGAAAUACCCUUGCAAGUUCUGCGAUUUCCGGUUUUCGACGCCUGAAAAGAGAAAAUCUCAUGCGGAGUUGCACACAGGGGAUAUGAAGUAUGUGUGCUUUAUUUGUGAGUACCAGUGCAGUUCGGAAAAUCGGUUGAAGCAUCACAAAGCUUCUGUGAAGCAUUUGAAUAUGAAGCAGUAUUUGGCUUCUGGGGUGGCAUUUGCACAAGAACAGUCAACAACUGAAAAGUCACAGCCAGAGAGCGAAGUCAAAGGGAAUGACAUUCAAAGCAGUGAAACGGUGCCUUGCGAUGUCUGUGGAGACAGUUUUCCCUCGGAGAGGGAGAUGUUAGACCAUAAACAAACGCACCCAUUUAUAGAGUUCCCAAACGAAGAUAAACCCACAAGAAUAUUUUUCAAAUAAACCACUCUUGCCUAACUUAAGUGUUAACACGUAUUUAAUAUGUACAAAAUAGGUUAAGGUUAGUAACUUGUAUUACAAAGAUGCAUAUUUUAGAGGUAUUGGUACAGAGGUAUAUUUAAAAAGCAUAUAUUAUUAAGAGGUAUUUAAGCAAGAAGAGGUUUUGUUUUUAGAAGGUUUUUAUUGGUUUAUGUUUGAUAACAAUUUUUGUGUUUAAAACCGUUUGUACCCAAAUCCAAUAUUCUAAACUUUAUUAGUAAAGAAUAAGUUAGAUCAAAAAGGAACCAUCAAUGGUGAAAACGGGCAUAAGACUGAAUUUUCGAAGUAUUUAGCGAUUAUUUUAUUUUAUAUUUCGAUUUGAUGGCUAUGAUUUCGUAUUCGAAUUGAAUUUUUGAUUUUUAUAAAACGUAACAAGAUGCAAUAUUACAAGCGAUUCUAUGUACGUUCGGUGUUUCAUAAACCCAGUAUGUACUAAAAUGUAACUAUUACUUUUAUAUAAAGUUUUUUCUAUCCACAUUCGGUUUUUCAUAAACCCACUAAUAUGUAAAAAUGUUUGUUUUAUAUAAAGUUUUUACUAUUCUAAAGGGUGCAAAUGGUUUUAAACCAGAUUUUUUUUAUUUUCUUUUGCCAAUAGGCGUGCAAUAUUGUCUUGGGAGAGAGGGAUAUUUGAAACCAUUAAGGUUGCCUGUGAUUUGACUAUAGUUAGAUAUAAAGUAAUAUGCAGCUUCGUAUUGUAUCGGCAGUCUAGUCUAAAUCUUGUUACUUUUAAGCUGUAUAAUGUCUAUCGUCCAGUUUUUAAUUCGAGUCUGUAAAUUGAAGCCUAAAAGCUAAUUAAGUCUCUACUUUAAAAAUGUUAUAAUUAACAUAAACAUAUUGAAUUAUAAUUAAUAUAAAAGCUGUGUACAUAAUUACACAGGUGUCUAUUCAAUAUGGAAAGUUUUAGAUGGAUGGAUAUCACGUCAUAUGCUAGGCGCGCGAAGGUCUACUUAAUGUUGUCAAUAAUAUGGUGUAACUUGCUUUUGCACACCACACGCGUAUUUUUUCUUCUUUUCAGAGCGAAUAUUUUUUCUACAAUGGGUUCCAUUGCCCCCGAUUGCGCUAAAAAAAUUCAAUUGUAACGCGAUUGGACGUCGAACGAAAAUCAACUUUUUGACAAAUCCGUAUUGCGGUAUCGUUUUGACAGCUAGUUUAAACGAAGCUGAAACGUUAACAGAGCGCAACUGCGCUUACGUUAAAGCUGACAGAAAGCUACUUAUUCUCAAACGCAAUUCAAACGCUUCACUAACAUUUGCUAUGUAUAAAAAAUAAGGUGUUAGGACUUUAAAUGAAAAGAUAUCGAAUUGUAGAUUAGCUGGCAUGAUAUUGGAGCGCAGGUCGCGCGUGACUGGAGUUGAAACGCGAAUGAAUUGGAGUCAUUACAUAUUAGCGCAAUCGGGGACCUGUGCCCCGAUUACGCUAAUUUUUAACGUCUCCAAUACAGACGCGGUUCUUCGAUUUCUUGGAUUCUGCGAUACGGAUUUGUCAAAACAGCUGACGUCCGGGCACGUUGAAGAUGAAAAUUUUUAGCGUAAUCGGGGCCCAGGUUUAAUAUCCAAUAGCGUUCGACUAUUAGGUAUCAUUUGAUUGACUCGAAUAAAAGACUGGACUAUAAAAACAGGGUGACCUUGUCACUGAAUUAAUAUGGGAUUUUCUAUCAAGAAACGGGACGGAUAUUGUCUGUUUGCAAUCCUGUUUUUACCCGCAGAAGUAUUUGGAUUUUUUUUUGCAUUUUUUUUAAAUGCCUUUAGUCACACUCACAAAGCGCGUUUUCCAGUGAAAGUCACUGUUGUGCCUCAAAAUAUAAUAUUACAAUUCUUUUAAAUAAAUGAUAAAUUAAUCAGUUUGAAAGACUACGUAUCUAGUGUACAUGUUGUAAAGAUGGUGCGGGACGAAGCCGAAUUUUCGAACGCAUUUUGUAUGGAGUUGGGACUCUGAAGUUCGACCAAACCAACGCGAUCAGCCCGCGUGCGCGAUGUCGAUUCUACUGAUUUUUACUAUCGCCAAUAUCGCCAUCAUCAUCGCGCACGCGUUGGUAUGGUGCUAUGCUUUUUUUUUAUGUGACAGGAGGCAAACGAGGAGACGGAUCACCUAUGACCUUAAAUCGCUCGUAUCUCGAAAACGGUACGUCCUAGCGCAAAAAUAACGUCAAAUUUGCCCCCUCCCCGUAGACCCCACCCCUAUAAAUCAGAUGAGAGAAAAAAAAAGCAUUUUUGGCUUUUUCGAAAAUUUUAAUAUUUUCUAAACCUAACUCCAUAAUAAUCAUCGUCAAAACUUUUCUUAGUCUCAAUUUUAUACAAUAUGCGUUCGAAAAUUCAGCUGUAUGUUGGAAACUUUUUUUAUAUAUUUUUAUUAUUUCUUUUUUUAUUUGACCGCAGUUUUUCGCCGUUUUCGUGAAAAUUAAGCGUCAUUUUUAGUGCACCACCUCUAUGUACUUAAAUCUGUAAGAAUUUAACAUCGAUUUUGAUUAAUCCUACUUAAGGGAAGUGCAAUAUUGUGAAAAUUAUGAUGAAUAUUUAAAUUCAGAUUUCAAAUUGUGUUAUUUAUUUACAAGAACUGUAAUAAUCGAGGGCUCAAUGUUCAAUUUGAGUGAUUUUUCUUGUAUUUUUCGUUGUGUUCACAUUAAUAUUAUUCCUCCACUUGUCAUUGAUAUAACACAUGUAGUUGUUAAUGUUUAGCUGUUAUUCUCAGUGCCUGAUAUUGUUUUGUUUUGGCAGUGUACGUGUAAGGGAAAUUUUCACAUUGGUGGCUUUUUUCAUACAAAUAAAAUAUAUAAAGUUAUUUGUAAAGAGGCAACUUGUUUUGUCAUGAUUCUGCCAAUGUGUAGGUUCCCUUGCGUUUAUGAGGUUAGAUGUUGGGGAUAAGUUUUAUUAAUCUGUAAUUUUGAUUCAUAUAAAUUAAUUUUAAAGUGCAAGUAGCUUACUAACAGUUUUUUUCAUUCCAUCUAACAGUUCUAAUUUGUAUAAUGAAAUUCCACUAUUCUCCAUCUUCAAUUAGCUUAACUCUAGAUUAAAACAACUACAGUUUGUUGUUCUUUUUUCAGUUUAAACAAUGAUUAAGGUUGUGUGUAAACCUCAAAAAAUUACAGAUUAACAAAACAAUUUAUUAUGCGUUGUCGAAAUAAAACGAGUGAAUAUUCAAAUGUUGUUUAUUAUCACAUACAUACAUAACACUCCAUCGUCAUUUACCCGUCCGAUCUCACUACCCAAAGUGCCUGUUUAGAAAUCAACAUGCUAAAAAGUUAGUAUUUGAUGAAACAGUUACAUUUUGAAUUCUAAAUCAAACACGUUGAGUUCAAAAUACAUAUUACAAAUGGGUUUAGUUAGAAAAACUUGCAAGCAAAAUUGCUUUCUCAUAACAAUAUUUAUUGUUUUUAGAUGCCUGACAACAUAGCUAGGUAAAUCACCUAGUAUUUCAUAAAUAUUACAAAAUAUUCGUGUCAGUGGUUUUAAAAUCAUCUUAGUUUCAUCAAUAAACAUUGAACGCUGACUUUCAGUCUAUGACUUGAUAUACCUUUUACCAAGAGUUAUCUUUAGGUAACUCGUAAAUUUCAUUAUUACUAAAGUCCGGUCGCCGAGCAGAUAAAAUUUCGUCCAAUGACCCCAAGCUACCCAUCCUUUUCGCUCGCGCGUAAUUAUAUUGCUGUCGCGACUGUGCGACGUGCGCGGCGGCUGCAAAUAAGGAUGGGUAGGGUCAUUGGACGAAAUUCUAUGUGCUCGCCGACCGAACUUUAAACUCCCAAAUCUUUCUUUGAUUAUUAAAUAAUGUGCCCGU